GUUGCAAAGGUAAAGUCUCACUUCAGAACCUGAUCCAGUAAGCGGCGACAAACCUCGAAGAGUCGAAGUACCCAAAUUCACAAAAUUACUGUUAUUCGAGGAGGAGGCCAUAGCUAUUUAUACAGGUUGUUAACGUCUGGAAUCAAGAUGGCCAAACAGAUCCAUUUUAUCGGGAAAAUGCUGCUAGUCCCAAUUAAUUUGAGAGCACCCUAUAGCUGUUUUGUACCCAGGAGAUAUAUUGCACUUCAUUCAUUGCUAAAUGAAAGAUCAAAUACCAGGGGCAUCUCAAGAAACAUUAUGGUAGGAAGGACUUGCAAGGUUGACAGUGCAGUACCCAGACCAGGUAUACAUCAAAUUGGUAAAAGUUUUUACCGAACACUUUCCGAUCAUGAAGAUCAUGAAGACGAAACUGUAGAUUCAGACAGUGAAGACAGCCUUGUUGUUGAAAAUGAAGGGGAUGACAAGUUGGCUGUGAUAUUUCAAUCAAAAACUAAUUUAUCUGAUCAAGAAUGGAGUGAAGUGUUUGAUUAUAUAUUGAAUGAUAAACGAUUUAAAAAUGUAACUACUUUUGAUGGCCUAGUUAUGAAGCUGUGUUUGCGUUACAAAAACUGGGCUCUGGCAAAUUCGUACUUUGAGUAUUUAGAAGUGCAAAAUAAGGAACCAAAUCUUAUGUCUCUUGCUUACUUCUUGCAACUAUGUGGAGAAAAAAUUAAUGAAUGUGGAGAGGAAAAAGUCCUUGAGGCAUACAGAAAAUUAACAUCAAAAGCAAAGGUAUUUGAUGCCAUCUUGAGUGAAAACGCUUGCCUAGCAUUAUCAAAAACCAGAGAAUGGAGAGAAGUCUUCAAGUAUAUGCCAGUAUUCAAGAAAUUAUGCUCUGUACCUGGAAAAGUGUACAAUGCUGUUAUUUCUGCUUCAUUUAGGAAUGGUGACUAUGAUACAGGAUGGCAGUUACUUGAAGAAAUGUGUAAGGAAGAGAAGGGACUGUUCUGCUCAACUGUUACGGAUUAUAUCAAAUGCUGCCAGUCAGCUGAAAAUAAGGGAGACAUGGCAGACACGCUUCUUCGCAAAUUUUCCCAAUUUGAGAUUUUUCCCCAAGUUUCGGCGGCUGAGGAACUUAUGAGAUUCUUCAGAGAUGAUGUUGGAUGGUCUGGCAGAUAUGUUAAAAUAUUCAAUGAUGGAAUUUGUCCUGCUUGUGAUCAUCAACUUGAGUCAGUUAAUAUAGAUGAGGAAUCAUUUAUGAAACUUAAGGAGGAGUUUGUAUCACGUGUCUUGGUUGGAUCAGAUAUCUUUAAAACCACUGAUCCAGAAGAAUGGUCAAGAUAUCAGAACUUUGUGGAAAAGGAAGGGCCAUUUAGUAUUGUAAUGGAUGGGUUGAAUAUUGCAUAUUCUGUUGGCAAGAAAACUCACAAAGCUCGUAUGAAAAGGUUACGAGAGGCAGUCACAAAGUUGAAGCUCUCUGACCGGAAGGGCUCCAUCAUGGUAAUCGGACGAAAGCACAUGGAGUCAUGGUCACCUCAUGACCUUGAAGCUUUAAAGAAACGGGCAAAAGUGUUCACCCUUGAUAACAUUUCAAAGGAUGAUGGAUUUUUCAUUUACGCUGCUCUCCAGUCUGGACUUGGAACUCAGUUUGUAUCAAGUGACUUUCUCCGAGACCAUCUCUAUCGUUUAAGAGACCCCCAACUGCGGGAAACUUUCGUGUAUGGCAGAGAAAGCAUCAGAUAUUUGCCAUUAAUCAUCCCUCUGGAGUACACCUUGUGGUAUGUUGGAAGAUUUAUUAAAUAA